AUGGAUCCAUCCGGCCAAGACAAAGGCACCAUGGCCUGGACGGAAGAGGCAAAAUUUCAGUUCCUCCUGCGUAUCGUGGCCCAACUCAAGGGCGACGGCCGCGGCACAAGCAUCAAGUGGGAGAAGAUUAACAUCCCCGGCCGCACCGUCAAGAGUCUGCAGAAUAUGUGGACCAAGAUAAAUAAACAGAUCAGCGACUUUGAAGCGCGCGAGAACAGUGCUGAAGGCUCGGCCGCGGUGUCGCCCGCUCAGCCGCGCAAGAGGGGACGCCCUGGCAGGAAGGCCUUGAACAAGGAGGCAGGCUUGGGCGAUGAGGGCGUUGAUGAUGAACAGCUUGAUGUUAAGCCGAUGAUGAAGAAGCGUGGUGCCGAAGAUGCGGAUGAUGAGAAACGUGGAACAGGCAAGAAGCGGUCCAAGGUCAAGACUGAAAUCAUGGCUGAAGACGCCGUUCGGUUCAAGAAUGAGGAAGUUUGA